AGUUUUACCAUUAGAGCAUAGAGUUUCAGAAGGUGUUUCUACUUUAAAUUCCUGUUAUAAAAAUAGAAAUAAUUUAAAAAAUAAUCAAAUUUACAUCAAUUAUAUUCUCUCAAUUUCUUAAUAAAUCCUAAUUAAUUAACUAAUUUUCCAUGACAUGUACAUAUUUUUUAGUUUCUUUUUUCUCGUUAAGCUGAGUUGUCAAUCCCUAUUAGCUUGGUUUCCAAGUACUAAGACCAAUCAAAACACCUUGCUUCCCAAGCUUGUGCCUAUAAAUAGAAACUCUUCUUCUUCAUCAUCAUCAUCAUUUCCAGUAGCCAUUUCUUAUUUUUCUUUUAGACCACAAGUCCAUUUUUGUCCAGAAUGAAGAGAGAGGGUAGGCAGCAUGGGUUGGUCAGGACCUACAGGAUCUUGCCUUCUCCAUGGAACCCCAAGCCCAACUCCAGGUUCAUCAACAGUUUUGACUCUCCCCCUACUGCUGGAUUGUUCUCCAAGGUCCACCCUCGCCCCACCAACCACUCCAAGUUCACCAGCAAGUGCGCCAGGCCUCGCUGCAAUGGUUGUCAUAUGCAUCCUUGUUACAAGUCCAAGGAUAAGACCAAAGGUACCCAGAAGCUCAAGUCCCUUGACGUUGCUUCAAAUUAUAGAUUGAUCAAUGGGCGGUUGGUGAAUAGUGGUCCUGGCUUGAAAUUUUCUGGGUUUUCUGCCUCUGGGAUUUUGGAUCAUUUGACUAAUAUUGAAGAUGACUAUGUAGACGAUGAAAUUGGCGGAGACUUGGAGAAUUCGAUUUUGAGCUCACAAGAGAAGGAGGCAGCGCAUGAGAUUGAAGAAAUCACUGCUGCUAAUGUUGAUGAUGACGAGAACAGAGAUGAUGUUAAUGGGUUGGUUGAUGAUGAUGAUGAUGACGAGAAUAGAGAUGAUGUUAAUGGGUUGGUUGAUGAUGAUGACGAGAAUAGAGAUGGUGAUAAUGGGUUAGAUGAUGAUGAUGCGAUGAGUUUUUGCGAUCUGAGUUACGUGCUGGAUCAAGUUGAGGAAGAUGAAGGUUGGUGUCUGGUGGCAGAAAUGUAAGUUAAUUGUAUUUAUGGCUAAUUAUAUAUUUAUGUAAUAUUUGGAGGAUGAAAUUUUAAAUGCUUCCUCUCAAAUCACAAGUGUGUUUAUUAUUCUAAAAUAAACAAUGUAUGCAUGUGUCUUAUGUUUCA